AUGCAUACCAACACAGCCGUACACGCGCUCUUAGCACUAGGCUCUUACACAACAGGCGUUCUUGCAAGCCCCUGUAGAGGCCACGAAUUGGUUCAUUUGGAAGCCGCAGUCUUGAAAGCUCAAGCUUGUGUGGCAACGGUCUUGAAUGAACACAAUCGAAUUCGGCAUAACGACUCUGAGGUUCCCCAAGGCAGUAAGAAGCUUCGCAAGCGAUACUUCGGCGAUCUCAGCAAGGACCACGACAGAUAUGUGGACGGCGUCUUCCACCGCAUGCAGGAACAGUGGAGUAAGACUACCUGGGACUGCGCAGGCCCUGGUACUCGUGACGGCGUUCACUGCGAGCAUGAAGAUGUUAGGGCUUUCGUUCGCGACGCAAAUGAAGUCACAUUCUGCCCAAAUCAGCUGCGUGGACGGAGCUUGGAAGCUCGGCUGCUCAUUCACGAGAUGACCCACACGCCUGCUGUUCGAGGCCCAAGACGGAUCGUCGACAUUGAAUAUAGUGAGCCAGGGGCAUGCUACCAACUCCCUAACAUACUGGGCUCCGACCAUGGCGCAUACGGCAAUUUCAGGGCCCAGCAGCUCGCAUUCUGGUCCUCAUCCGCUGCGGUAGUCAAUGCGGACAACUACGCUCUCUACGCCUGGCAGAUGUGUCUGCUACUAGACCACAACCGCAUGUCCCCGCCUGCCAAAAUCAACCUCCAACCACUACCUGCAUUCUGCAAUGUGCAAUCCUUGUCUCCAUUCCUCUCGUCGACAAGCGACGAGAACUGGAUGAUCUUUAUCAUGAAAGCGAUAUUCACAGCUCUGCUCACAGCUCUAGUCACAGCUCUAUUCAUAGCCCCAAGGCGAGUUACUCGAGUCUGGUUUUCGUAG